AUUUUCGCAAAAAGUUCUUAUUUUUAAUGGAAAUUUUUAUUUUUUAAAAAGUAGUUCAAUUAAGUUUUAAUAAUGUUAAGAAUAGCACCAAGGAAGUUAAAAAGCUCUGUUCUAUUGACUUGUCAUCGUCAUUAUAAUGAGCAUCAUGGAAAUCUGCCACAAUCAGCUCGAGUAGUUAUUGCAGGAUCUGGAGCUGUUGCAAAUGCAGUAGCUUAUCAUUUAACGAAGCAAGGUUGGUCAGAUGUCUUGGUAUUAGAACAAAAUACAAUCAAAUCAGGCACAUCUCAUUUCUCAACUGGAUUAAUUGGUCUUUUAAAGCCAUUCUCGAUGAGAAAGGUUAUCGAAGAGAGUUUAACGACAUACAGAGAACUUGAAACCUUGGGAUAUGAUAUUGGCUUGAAAAGAUGUGGAUCUAUCAAUUUAGCACAAACUCCAGAUAGAAUGAUAGCAUUAAAAAGAAGAAUGUCAUACAGUCAAGUCGAGGGAUUGGAAUGUGAAUUAUUAGAGCCGAAUGAAAUUCAGCGUCUCCAUCCAUAUAUAUCCACAGAAGGUAUUUUGGGGGGAGUAUAUGUUCCUGACGAUUGCUAUGUUGAUUCCUCAAAACUUUGUGAUGCUCUAAUCGAUGUAGCUGUAAAGAGUGGAGUGCAGUAUCGUGAACACUGUCAUGUUAAAUAUAUAUUAACUGAUUCAGAAGACGGUGUUUGUGGCGUAGAUACGGAUUUGGGAACCGUAAAAUGUGAAUAUUUUGUUAAUGCAGCAGGAAUGUGGAGUCGGGAAUUAGGUUUUAAAUGCGAUAAAGCUGUUAGAAUCCCAACGUGUUCAUCUGAACAUUACUACCUCACAACACGAAAUCUCGGAAUAUUGGAAAAUCAAAAUCUUCCUUGCAUUAGAGAUUACGACAAUUCUCAUUAUUCUCGACAAAAUGAUGAGGAAUUAUUGAUUGGUUGGUACGAAAACGAAGGAAAUACUGCAUUUGAGAAAACUGUGCCAAGAAAUUGGAUGAAGGACUUACAAGGUCAUGAACAUGUUCAUUUAGAAAAAAUUUGGGAUAGACUUGUACAUCGUUAUCCAAUUUUAAAUGAUUCUGAUGCUCCAACUGUUCGAGUUAGUGCCAACACCUUUACACCAGAUUCUCGAUGGAUUAUGGGUGAAGCGCCAGGUGUAGAUCGUUAUUUCGCGGCUGCUGGAACUAAUGGAAAUACUUUUCAAGGUGCAGGAGGAAUGGGAAAAUAUGUGUCAGAAUGGAUUGUUUCUGGACGUCCAACAACAGACUUAUUUCCAUUCUCAAUUCAAAGAUUUCAUGCUUUGCACAAUAAUCGAAACUAUUUGCAACAACGUGUUAGAGAGAUUGUUGGAAAACAUUAUCAAAUUCAGUAUCCAAAUCAGUCAGAAUAUCAGUAUGCAAGAAAACUCAGAACUAGUCCACUUUACUCACUUUUAGAGCAACGCGGCGGCGUUUUUGGCACGAAAAUGGCUUAUGAGCGAGCUCUGUAUUUUGAUACAACAUAUAGGCGUGGGGAACCUCUCCCAACAAUGCCAAAACCCACGUUCUUCAAACCACCUUAUUUCAAUUUUAUGGUCGACGAAAAUGCAGCCUGUCGUGAAACCGUUGGAAUCAUUGACAUCUCAUCAUUUUCAAAAAUUAAAAUUAGCUCUUCCAGCAAAACAGAUGUCGUCAGUUACUUGCAGAAUGUAUGUUGCAAUAAUGCAGAUAUUGAAAUUGAGACGUGCAUGAAAACUGGAAUGCUCAACAAAAAUGGUGGAUAUGAAAAUGAAUGCAUCAUUGUAAGACAAACGCCAACAACUUUCUUUAUGAUAUCACCAUCAAGUCAACAGACAAAAAUAUUGGAAUGGAUGACAGACAAUCUACCGAAAAAUAAUCGUACAAUCAAAUUAUCAGAUCACACAUCUAGCUACACAGUGUUAAAUGUCACUGGUCCUAAAGCUUACUCAUUAAUCUCGGAACUGACUAAUUCUGACAUCAAUUUGAAGCAUUUCCGUUACAAACAAAUUAAUAUUGGAUUCGCUUCAGAAAUUAUGGUCAUGAAAUAUUCCCAUACAGGAGAUACUAAUGGUUACUGCCUCUAUAUCCCAUCAGAAUAUGCUUUACAUGUCUACGAUGAAUUAACCAAAGUUGGAAUUGAUUAUGGCGCAAAGGAUGUUGGCACAAUUACACAAAGAUCAAUGAGAGUCGAAAGAUUUAUUCCACUUAUGGGCGAUGAAUUGACAUCAGACGUAACUCCGCUUGAAGCAGGCCAGGAACAUUACAUUGACUUCUCAAAGGACUUUUUGGGCAAGGCAGCACUUUUAAAGCAGAAAGAAAUUGGAUUAAGGAAAAAAUUAGUCCUACUUAUGCUUGAUGAUUUUGAUGUUGAGGCUGACAUUUGGCCAUGGGGAAGCGAACCAAUCUUUAGAAACUCAGAAUAUGUAGGAAAUGUCACAACAGCUUGCUAUGGAUUCCUUUCUGGAAAAAUGAUUUGUUUGGGAUAUGUUGAUGGAACUGAUAAUGUGACAAGAGAUUACAUUUUGGAACCAGGCGCAACUUAUCAUAUUGAUAUAGCCAAUAGAUUCUUUGAAGCUACGCCAUAUGUCAAUAGAAAGGAUCUGCCAUAUUUGAAAGAGCAACAAGAUGAAAUGAGGGCAAGCAAUUUCCAUCAAAAAGCAUCCGUUUUCAGAGAGAAGAAGAAGGUGUAAAUUUAUGAGUUGUUGUCUGUGUUUUUGUGAAUUGAGUUAUGAAUAAUCUGUCUGGUCAUGAAAUUGGUGUAUUCUGGGUGAAAAAUAAUCAAUUAAUUCAAAUUAUGAACCUUAAUUUAAAAUUUGGAACUUCCGUUAUCUUGUCAAAUAUUGCUCAAAGAUUUGACAUGUUAAUUUCAAAUCCUAUAUUAUAAUCAAACCACAGUACUCUCGAAAAAUAUCCCAGUAUUCACCCCUGAGCCAAGACUAUCCUGAAUCAUGUAUUUAUUAUAUAUUAUCGUGU